AUGCCAGAAUCUAUAAAGGACAAGUCUGAAGAGGCUGUAACAGCAGGAUGUCAAGAUGCGCCGGUGGAGGAUCCGAUCGAUAAGUCUAUGGAUCAUGGCCUCAUAGCAUGGCUACAGGUCCUGGGGAGUUGGAUUUUGUUCUGGAAUACAUGGGGACUCACGAAUUCUUAUGGCGUCUUCCAAACUUUCUAUCUCAACAAUCUCCUACCUUCAUCUAACGCUUCUGCGAUAUCGUGGGUUGGCUCUGUGCAACUUUUCCUGACCAUGGUAGUCGGCAUACCCGCAGGUGUGCUUCUCGACGCGGGACAUCUCCACUUCCUUAUCGCCGCAGGAACCCUGUUGGAAAUCGCGGGAUUGUUCGCCUUGGCGGAAUGUUCUAAGUACUGGCAGAUAUUCCUGGCUCAAGGAAUCUGCAUGGGAAUUGGAAGUGGGUUACUGGGAUUGACAAGCGUGGCUGUUAUUCCGCUGUAUUUCCAACGCCGCAAGAUGAUCGCCACAGGUAUUGCUGCGACUGGAAGUAGUCUCGCGGGAAUUCUUUACCCCCUUAUGAUGCGCCGUCUCUUUGUCAAGGUCGGGUUUGCGUGGGCUGUUCGCACACUUGCUUUCUUGAUCCUUGGAUGUAUGGCUAUUUGCAUGGCAGUCAUGCGAUUGAGGGAUCGACCGAAGCGGAAAGGCCCAUUAUUCAACAUCAAGAUGCUCGCCGACAAACCGUACGCCGCAUUCGUUGGUGCAUUCACUCUGAUGAUCGCAUCCGCCUACAUUCCCUUCUUCUACAUUCAAGACUACGCUCUCAAACUCUCUGUCAACGAGGAAAUGGCAUUCAACUUACUCAGCAUCAUGAAUGCCGCAAGCCUUCUGGGACGCCUUGCACCAAAUUGGCUUGCAGACAGGUACGGAGGCGUGCAUGUCAUGUUUCCUUCAGCUGCUUUGUCCGCUCUAAUACUGUUCUUUUUCCGCUUUGUCAACAACCUUGGAGGGCUAGUUGCGAUUUCUGUCAUAUAUGGGUUUAUUUCCGGAGGCAUGAUUAGUCUUCCUCCGCCGAUUAUCGCGAGCUUGACCCCGAACUCAAGGGAGCUGGGCACAAAAAUGGGUAUGGCAUAUACGGUGGCGGCAUUUGGAGGACUGGUGGGUAAUCCGAUUGCAGGAGCUGCAAAGAGGGCUUCAAAGGGCUUGAGGAAGUCAGAUGUGCAGAAUGAGUUUCAGGGCGUUUGGCUGGUGGCGGCGGUGGGGAUGGUCAUAGCGACUGGUCUGCUUGUUCUGACGAAAUAUUUGCGGGCUGGUAAGAUUUUUGUGAGGACUAAAAUUUGA